AUGCCACUAGUUGUAACCUGUAAUUCGCAGGCAGCAUUUGCUACUAAUAUGGCACCAGGAACCCCUGUGCGGCCCACAAGCAUAUUAGUUGUUGGGGCGACUGGAACACUGGGUCGACAGAUUGUUCGAAAGGCUUUGGAUGAAGGAUAUGAUGUCAGAUGCCUUGUGAGACCUCGACCUGCCCCAGCUGACUUCCUUCGAGAUUGGGGUGCAAUAGUUGUAAAUGUAAGAAAAUUUAGCCAGAACCAUUCCAUGAACAAGCAUUUUUAUCUUGCUUCAUUCUUCAACUGAGAAACUUUCUUGUUCAGUUCAAUGUAUGCGUGAAAUUUUGCCUUUAUUAUUGCCUUAUGUAGCGGUAACUGUAUAUGUGUAGAAACUAUUGUCAAGUUCUGACAAUCCUUUAUGAAAUGAAACUAGGCCUUGUUGCAUGGUAUGAAGAUAGAUUCGUUGGUGUAAACCAGGAUUUCAAGAUGCCAAAAAUGUGGAUGGCCUGUGCUUUCUCUUGUACAUCAGUUGCCAUCUCUACAUCCCAGGUUCCAAUAUUCUGUCCAGGAUUGGCCAGGAUAAGAUUGCUACUAUAAAGAAAAACAUGAAUUAGUUGAUUCUGGGUUUCUCCAGGACCUCAUCACUGUCUUCUGAUAAUUUUGUAACUUGCUAUGUGCCGUUCCGUAAUAAGUAACCUUUUGAUCAAUUUAAUGCUAUAUAUGUGGGUUUAAUUGUCUGAAUUCGUAAUUGAGUCCAUUGGCCGGACUACUAUGACAGUUUCAAAACUUUUUUUAACCAUGUUUAGAUUUAAUGUUUUUUCCCGUCUCCAGCAGCAUCUUUAAUAUUUUAAAUUAUUUAACUAUCAGGAAUUAUAUCCGGCUUCAGACUCUGCAAAUCAAAUUUCUAUAACAUGUUUUUUUGUGACAUAUCCAGCAAUCUUUUCCUUUAUGAUGCCUAUUCCUGCACUCAUAACACCAUUGCUAUAUAUUUUUGGUCUUGUUUCUUCAUCUGAAUAUCCUAUCCGUACCUUUACCAUUUUCUUGUUUGAACUUUGAUCAUUUGAAGACGGCUGUACUCACUUGAAAUUCCUAAGUACAUGUUGUGUUUAUACUUUCGACAUGAUGAUAGGGCAAUGACUCGGCCAACUUUAUAUAGGUCUCAGUAUUGUUGAUUGUUAUUUUCCGUUUAUAUUGCUUUGGGUUUGAGGAAUGACGUAUACUUUGGUCAAACCAACUUAAGAAUAAUGAUGGCUUUUAACUUGAAGUCAACUAAUAGUUAUCUCAUAGCCGCAAUGAUGUCGUGCAGGGAGACUUAAGCAAACCAGAGACCAUACCUGCAACGUUGGUUGGUGUUCACACAAUAAUCGAUUGUGCUACUGGGCGGCCAGAGGAACCUAUUAGAACAGUACUAUCCACUGUCUUUUAUCUAUAAAUUGUUGUUAGAACCUCGCAUUUAAUUAUGCAUGAUGCUUCAUUCUUAGAAUUUAUUUUUUUAUGCAACUCUGCAUAUCUAUGGUUUGAGGGUUUUGAGUAUUUCCAUUUCAUCUUGAUGGAUUCCAUAUAUGGGUACAAGAUUGCAUGUAGUGAUACCGUAGAUGACUAAAUGUGAUGUGUGCUGGACAUUCAAGCACGACAAUCUGAGUGAAAUUUUUCAUGAAGUUGUCAAUCAAUCAAUAUGUCAUUUGUCAGUUAUUGUUCCAUAUAUGGGUACAAGGUUGCACGUAGUGAUACCGUAGAUGAUUAAAUGCGAUGUCUGCUAGACAUUCGAGCACGGCCAUCUGAGUGAAAAUUUUCAUGAUGUUGUCAAUCAAUCAAUAUGUCCUUUUGUCACUUGUUGUCCAUAUAUGGGUACAAGGUUGCAUGUAGUGAUACUGUAGAUGACUAAAUGUGAUGUAUGCUAGACAUUCAAGCACGACCAUCUGAGGAAAAUUUUUCAUGACUUUGUCAAUCAGUCAAUUGUCCUUUGUCAGUUGUUCCGUAAUAUGUUGACCUAAACAAGAUUAGUUGAUUGUAUGCCUCUUGGCUAUAGGUAUACCUUUUAGAAGACAACAUUACACAAUCCUAACUUCUAAAGGAUUCUCACCUUGAAAUAUGGGUAUUUAUGCUCCAUAAGAAGGCGACCACAUGUUGGCAGAGUCAUGUCAAUUCCCAUUUGAAGAAUGGCAUUUAUCUAAGAAAUGACUUCCUCGAGUCAAGCUUGAAGUGUUUACCAUCCUGUUGAGAACGCUGUAGAAUUGCAUGCUUUUUUGUCAAAAUUUAUAAUGUGUCAUGCUUCCAUUGAAAUGAUCUGUAACCUUUUUUUUUUAUGAAUGCCGGUUAAUCUGUAUCAUUUUCAACCCUUGAGAAAAAAUAUUGUGUUGAAUCCAAUUCAAAUUUGUCUACUGUCUUGUUUCUUUUUAGACAAAUUAGGAUGUCGUAGGAUAUUGUCUGAUCUGUUUCGGGCUCUUCAGAAAUAGAAACUCAUUUUUUCUUAGGAUCUAUAGUUUCUUGCUAUUCUAUGUUAAUUUUAGCAUGCCCGGCUAAUCUACUAUAAUGGUGAUGCUAAUUUCCAUAACAGGUUGCUUUUCUAGUGAUCUUAUAACAGGUAUAUUUCAUAUAAUUCGUUUAUUUUUAUUUUUUUUAAGGAGAACUAAAAUUUUGAAAAAUAAUUCUCUGAUGAAUACGUUGUCCACUAUCUAGCUCUCAUCACACCAUUUUUCUGUUGUCGACUGUAAGUCUCAAUGUUCACUGAGUGCUUCAUACAACUAAUUUAUCUUGGUAGACAUAUUAUUAUCGUUGCGCUCUUAUUUUUAUUCUAUGCUAAUUAACUUUCAUAUGUAGGUAGAUUGGGAAGGAAAAGUUGCCCUCAUACAGUGUGCAAAAGCAAUGGGAAUCCAGAAGUACGUGUUCUUUUCCAUCCACAACUGUGACAAGCAUCCAGAGGUUCCUUUAAUGGAAAUCAAGCACUGCACAGAAAAGUAUCUCCAAGACUCGGGUUUGAAACACAUCAUAAUUAGAUUAUGUGGUUUCAUGCAGGUAAUAUGUCUCCCAAAUCGUUCCAUGAAUGCUCUUCUAUUAGAUUAUUUAAUAAGACGAACGUGGUUUGAGUAAGAUUUAUUGCGUUAUUCAACAAGCAUCUUCUAUAAGAUCUAACGGAAAUUUCAAGGUUUUUGCGCCCUAUUAUCGAUCUUCUCUACCCACCGAGGUGGUUUGUGGAAACUGUAAUGUCUGAGGUCUUUGUGUCAGAGGGCAAUAGUUACUUUUGCCAAAAUGUAGUUGAUACGAGCGUUAAUAGCUGCAACCAUCCAGAGAGAAGGGAGCAGCUCUUUCCUUAACUGUAGAACGUUGACGUAUAUUAUCCUUUGUUCUCUUACUCCGCCCUUCGUCAUGACUUGAUGACUCUCUCUGACCGUACCCGCGGGAAGAGGAUCACCUUUUCUCUUUUUGCAACACGACUCCUCAAUAGUCUGAGACCUUCUUUCCUUGUCAGAUUGAUAUCUGGUAAAAAGAUCUCCCAGACCCACCGGCCUAUGGCUGAAUGAGGUUGCUAAUCUCUGUUAAGCUCUUUAAUAUUUUAUUUAUUUAUUAUUUUUCCUCUUAUAUCUUGCGCUUAAUCAUUCAUAAAUGGAAGAUGUAUCUAAGACCUGCUAUUUUUGCUCGAACAACAAUGAUGGCGCAGGGCCUAAUUGGACAGUAUGCAGUGCCUAUACUAGAGCAGAAGUCUGUCUGGGGAACUGAUGCCCCCACUCGGAUAGCCUACAUGGAUACCCAGGUCACAUCUCAUUUCCUUUUCUGGCAACUUUGCCAUCUACGUAUACACACUGCUCAUCUUUCUGCCUAGACAGGAUAUUGCUCGAUUGACGUUUAUGGCUCUUCGUAAUGAGAAGAUUGACAACAAGCUUCUCACAUUUGCCGGGCCGCGUGCGUGGACUACUCAAGAGGUUUGUUGGCUGGGCUUCUCUCCUUAUUUUUCGCAGGUUCUAGAGGUCAUUUGGUCGGUCAGGAGUCUGAGCUCUGUCGUAAGAUGGGAUGGGAACUGCUGAUCAAUCCCUGCUCUGCUCAGGUCAUCACCUUGUGCGAGCGGCUCGCGGGGCAAGACGCCAGUGUCACGACCGUCCCUGUUUCUAUCCUGAAGUUGACCCGCCAGCUCACUCGGCUCUUCCAGUGGACCAAUGACGUCGCCGACAGACUGGCAUUUUCGGAGGUGAAAAAAGGAAAAUAAUAAUAAUAAUAAUAAUAAUAGUAAGUAGGCUCGAAGCAGAGCAAGCUUCCACCGCUGAAGCCCUGGUUUUGCAGGUUCUAUCGAGCGACACGGUCUUCUCUACGGCCAUGGGUGAAACCUAUGGGCUUCUGGGGGUCGACCAGAAGGAUAUCGUCACGCUGGAGACUUACUUGCAGGAUUACUUCUCUAACAUCUUGAAGAAACUGAAGGACCUCAAGGCGCAGUCGAAGCAGACGGAUAUCUUCUUCUGA